CAAACGCUCGGUCAAGUGGGUGUGAUGAAGGGUGAGACAGGCGAUAGAAAGAAAAGUAGGAAGCCGUCCAGUGCGGCAUGGAAACAACAGAAAUGUCCGGCGUGCAAGCCAGUUUGGUCGGCGAAGCUUCUCUCGUUGGUGUUCUUCGCAACCGGCGUGCUUUUUAUAAUUAUUGGAGUUCCGCUUUACGUCGCAGUGUCGGAGGUGGACGAAACAACUAUUGACUACACAAAUUGCAAGCCUACAGUUCCUGAAGAUUUUGCCAACUAUACCAACUGUGCCGACUUCCUUGAACAGACAGCGACGUUUAAGCAUCUGCCGGAAAGGGAAGGCAAGGAGUGCAUUUGCGAGGUGAAAUUCAAUGUGUCAGACGACUUCAAGCCGACCGUCUACAUGUAUUACCGCUUGACCAAUUUCUAUCAAAAUCAUCGACGAUACGUCAAGUCGCGGGACGACAACCAACUAGCUGGAGAUCCGACGGCGACGAUAGGUGUAUGUUCUCCUUUUCAGGAGGGAAGACUAAAUAACAGUGACGACGAGCUGCCGUAUGCUCCAUGCGGUAUGAUAGCUAACAGCUUAUUUAACGAUACUCUGUUGUUGUCGUAUUACGAUCGAUCAACAGGCGACUCAGGAAAUGUCAAUGUAACUCGAACGGGCAUUGCAUGGACGAGCGACAGAGACGACAAGUUUAAAAAUCCGUCUGCAUCGACAGUCGAUGAGCUGUGCACGAAGUUUGAUGGAACUCUUCAUCCACCAAGCUGGAAUAGAAAUGCGUGUCGUUUGACUGACGAUUUAUCCAAUACGGGGUUUGUCAAUGAGGAUCUGAUUGUGUGGAUGCGGACUGCCGCUUUUCCGACGUUCAGAAAACUGUAUGGUAAGGUGGAUGGACUUCAGAUGACAAGGGAGUACACGCUGAGAAUUAAUUACAGAUAUCCUGUAUCAGCUUUCGAUGGCGAGAAGGCGGUCGUUUUUGGACAAUCGUCAGUCGUUGGAGGAAGGAAUUUCUUUCUUCCGAUUGCGUAUAUUGUUGUAGGAUCCAUUCUUAUUGCUAUGGCAUGUGGUUUUCUGGCAAUACACAUGUUUGUGGAGAAACAGAGGGAUGCUGGUUAUUUGAAGAGAAUCGGAGAAUUCAAGCAGUGAACACGACAAGCAAUAAGCUCAACAUUCAGAACUGUAUAAUGAACCAAAAUAAUGUCCAAUUGCUUAGACAAGUAAAGUGGAAAAAUAGGCUGAAUUUUGAAAA